AGGCGGGCGGGGGGUCAUAGCUGGAGGUGCUGCUGUUGCACCGGGCGGAUGGCCGCUCUCAGGAACCUCUCUAUGGUGAUUGGAGCGGCGGUGGCGGCGCUGGGCUCGGUGCUCUUCAUUGCCUGGAACCGGUACAUGCCGGGCCGGAGGAGGUCCAGGAGGGCGGGACACCAGCUGGAGUACAAACCGCUGAACACUCAGCCGAAUUAUUUGGAUCGUCAGAUUUUAGUCCUAGGUUUGGAUGGUGCUGGAAAGAGCAGUAUAAUUCAUGCCCUGAGCACAAACACCACCAGAUCCAGCUCGGCACCUACUCAUGGGUUUAACACUGCCCAGAUUAUCAGCCAGGGACUGAGGAUUGAACUACUGGAAGUAGGUGGUAGCCAGAACCUUAGGACAUACUGGAACCAGUACCUGAAGAAUGCACAUAUAAUGGUUUUUGUUGUGGAUUCCACGGAUGACAAGCGCCUGCAGCUUGCUAGACAAGAACUACAUCGACUUCUGGAAGAGGCAUCGCAUUUACCGCUGAUGGUGCUCGCAAACAAGCAGGAUUGUCAGUCAGCACUUGAUAUUGCUGCCAUUCACUCAGAGCUAUCUUUGCAUCAAAUCCAGGACCAAAGGGAGGUGACAUUACUAGGAACCAGUGCUGUCUGCAAUGGAUUUGGUCAGAGUACAAAUUUACAGACUGUAAGGUCAUUGCUUGAAAAACGGCUACACCAAGUGAGAGAAUCGCAGCAAAAUAUCAUACAGCUGCAAAAUAGCUGCUGCCAGAACUCAUUUGAAAGAGAGAAAAGUGCAUAAUGAAUAUGCAGACUUGUCCUGUACUUAGCAGGGAGAGCGAAGAUUCUAAUUUGUGGAAGGACUGAGACUACACUGGAGGACUGACCAAAGCCAUGACCAACAAGAUACAAUCUGAGGGGACAGGAUGGGAGGGCUGGUCCCUGCGCCACCAUCUGCCCUUUUCAGAAACGUGCCUAGCUACUGCUAACUUAAUUUUAUAAGAGAACCCAAAAUAUGUUUAUACACAAUAAAAUAUUACUUUGC